AUGAACAGCAGAUUCAUCCUUAUGGAGUGUGAGAUUUACUCAGAACUAGGUGUAAUCUUGUAUUUCUCCGUAAGGUAUUGUGGAUAUUGUCCUCAAUAUAAAUACAAUCAUGGGAAAUCCUAUGGCAAGAUGACUUUGUCACUACUCAGCAACCCUGAAAUUUCACAUUCUGGGCAUCAUGUUCUGCAAAAUACAAAGUUUGAUGAUGAAAAGUACAGCAUUGAAAGAAGGCACUAUGUGGAUUUGUUAAAUUCUCGAAGGCCAAGAUAUGGAGAGCAGAAACUGACUUCUAGCAUGAUCCCUGGAUACACAGGAUUUGUCCCAAAAAGCCAAAAUUACUUUGCAAAGACGUAUGCUGAGACCUGUCGAGAUUCACUGACUGACUUUGAAAGAGGACAAAGACAAUUUGCUGUUGAAAAAGAAGAGCUUCUUUCAGCUUCCUACACACCAAAACUUGUGUCAAUUGCUAGAGAUGCAAAACCAUACAUUUCUCCUCAUGCAUUUAAGGAUCCAGGGUCACCCUAUUAUAUGGAGAAUGACAACCCUUACAAAUACUUUAUGUCAGGUUACACUGGGUAUGUACCUCGCUCUCGUUUCAUGAUUGGCACAGGCUAUCCCAUCACCACGAAUCAUGCCAUUCAGGAAUUCAGUGGCAUGCCAACAGACAAAACAUACAAAGGACCCGAAGAACUAGAAACAUUACAGAAAGAAAAGAAAACUCUCCCUCCUUUAAAGCAUAUAUACCCUAUGGACCUGGGCUUGUUACCCCGCUAUACUGGCUAUGUACCAGGUUACAAGUUCCAGUUUGGUCACACUUAUGGACAACUUACACACGAUGCACUAGGUUCCAGCACUCUUCAGAAACAAGUUGCCAUUUAACAGCAGAAGUCUUCAAAGCAGUGGGAUUUUCAUUCAAGCUGUUUUGUUGCAUCUUUUAAGGUGUAUUAAAAAUGAAGAAACUACUAAGUGUGCUUGUUCUGGUUCAAAAUACUGUGAAUGAAAUUCAUAAAAGUGCACAGAGAAAUACGGCUUAUAUUACAAAUCUUUUUCAUUAGUUUUAUGAAGCUGUAACUAUUUUUUGACAAAAGGCAUAUUGCACUAAUAAUACGUAUUUCCAUUUUUUGUUAGUACUAGAUGUGAAAAUGAAGCAACUAAAUAUCCAGGUCAACACAAGAGUGUGGCAUAUGGCAUCUCACUGAUGGUAGGGUUAUGUACAGGUCAAAAAAUAAUGUCCUGAAAUGUGUUUUCCCUGUAAAAUGCAUAGGUUUGGACACUUUUCGUGGAGUAAAGCACACAACAGACCUCAUGUGCAGAUUUUGCCUCCAAACUUUUAAUACAGAACAAACUCAAAAGUCACUGUAACAAUGUGAAAGACUCUUGCAAGAAAUGCACUUUUUUCAGGGGAAAUGCAUUUGGGAGUUUGCAUAUGAAGUCUAAUGGUGUCCUGCUGUGGAUCUGUAUCAACUGUAAGAAUUAAAAUAUUUUGAACGAUCUUUUCCCCUCUAAGUUACGUAAUUUCAAACAUCAUUUAUCCUUUCCUGUCUCCAUACCUUUCAUAACAUGCUUCAGAUAUCUAAGAAAGCUAAACUCUGCUGCAGUUUACCAUAAAAAAUACUCUUUCUAACCAAUUUACUUUUCUGUAAAAGUAUAUUUUACUCCAUUGUACUUUAUGCAUCUCCUGUUGAUGCUCCAUCUGCAAUAAGCACUGUAAUAAGGUAUUCAGAUAUAAAAGGAGUAUUAACAUGCUAUAUGGUUAGUUAACUAUCAAUAAUAUUUGUCAUGGUUUUCUGAAAGAAGAUCCAUAGCAGUUUACAUUUCAGCUAUAUACACACAUUCUUACUGUAGAUGUACACUCAAACAUUUCUUUUGCACUUUGUCUUGCAAUGAGCUGUUUUAUGAAGGGCUAGAAUGGUGGUGACAAGAUUAGCAUUGCUAAAAAAGUACCAUACUUUGAUUGUAUGCUGGGUGCUUUCUUUGUAGAGUUUGCUUGUUUUCCCCAAGUUUGUAUAGGCUUUGAUUGGGUCAUGAGGCUGCCAGAUGGCAUAUCACUGCUAUCUUGGCCCUGGAUGCAUGUGUUUGUGUGGGUAUGUGCAUGUAAUUGCUCUGUAAUGGAAUGGUGUCCCACCUGGGUCUGGUUCCUAUCUUAUGCCCACUGUUGCUGGUAUAGGCUUCCUUACACCUCUGUAUUAAAUAAAGAGGGUAUAGAAAUGGAUGAAUAGCUGUUUUUAUAAAGCUAGGAUACUUCUACACAAGAACAGAAUUGACUAUUAUUUUGCAGCUUUCGUGAAAUAUAUACAAUACCUCAAGAAUGUAUUGUAAGAUAAAAAUUCAGAAUGAUACUAAAAAAAUGUUGGCGUGAUAUUGAGCAUACCAUAUAAUCCUGUUUCACUACCAAACUGAUUUUUUUUUUUGUUUGUUUUGUUUUUAAGAAAUCUCUACAAUGACAAUUUAAAUCUUUACAGCAUGGCUGGAGGGGUUCAUUAUCAUAAGAGUCUCAAAAGCAAACUAAAGAUUUUUAGCAGCACACAACUAUGAAUUAUUUUAUACUCCAUAGGAGAUCACAGGUACUCUACAGUUUUAUGAUAGCAGAGCUCCUUAUGGCAUGCAUCCCUAUUGUCAGUGCAAGCUUUACUUCCUGAUUUAUUAGUGCAGUCAGAAUGUGUAUACUUCCAUUUGGCAGUCAGGUGGAAAUCCUGAUCAUGCUUACAACUUUACCCUCUUGAGAUAUGACCCAUUCAGCAAAGCCACAUGCCUAAGCUACCAUUUUCUUAAUAUGACUGCUAAAAUAAAGAUACAUAUAAUAAGC